UUGGCCAAACCUCCCUCAUGACCUCAUAUGGAACCUCAACUGCUGCUGUCCAGAUGAGGACAAUAAUAAACAUCUUUCCCUGGCUAGGUCUACCGCCAUUUCUAUUUCAACUCAUCCACCAAUUACGUAUUGCGGACGUUAGUACUGCUACAGUUAUCAAAACUAUUGUUGUCAAUCGCUGCCCAAACGGCCGGAAGCUGCUUGUUCCGUGUCUGGGGAGCAACGCCUUCAUUUGAGUCGGACGAACUUCUUCCCUAGCGUAUCGGUCCGUGACUGGAGCCAAGAGCAUCACCCGUACCACCACCGGGGAAGCAAAUUGAUCACCCCCUGGCUUGGCAAACUUGCAAAAACUGUAACUUCGUCCCCUAGCAGCGAGCAGACGGCCUCCAUGAGCCCCUUCAGACCCCCUUUCCUACAAACAAUACCUCGUCAAUCACGAGACCACAAGCCAAGUUACAGAGUGGUCAAUACCCCGGACCAACCCUUCAAGCCCACUACCCAUUUCAAGCAUAGGCUGCUUCUCGCUUCUUGCUUCCGACCCUUGUCGUCAUUCAAGCCCUGUCGAUUCUCGAUCUGGUUGAUGGGCGAUCCCGCCUUUCCCAGCUUGGGGUUAAUCCGCUCCCACUUCACAGGCAACCAAAAGAAACAACAAGAAAAGACACGGAGGAACGUCCGGUUCGUGAUGAUUCAUUGUAGUCACUCAGGGCUAUGCUCCGGUGCCCUGUCCCAGCUUGCAAUCAUUCAGACGUGGCCAGGUUAUCUUAUUAUCUUUCCAGGCAGUCUACAUCAGUCUUGUUGCGUCCUACACAGUAACAAAGACUGUUAUCAAAAGAACCAUGAAGUCGGUACAGAUGACACGGAGAAUCACGCCUACUUUGAGCCCUCUGUUUUAUUACAACGAAAGAUAGGCACCGAGUCAUCAUCACUACCCUUUCGUGGCCUCCGAAGGGUCCUUCCGGCCCGGUUACACAGCGCAUCCGGCACGGGACGGCGCAUCGAAGGGACCACGAUUCACCAGGGCACCGGAUCUCCGUCCACACAAUACCGCUAGGCCAAAAUGCAAUUGGGUUUGCUGGACGAACCCGGCAUCCUACACUGCUGAUUCACAGUAACUGCCUCCAUCGUUUGAUUUUCAACUGGGGUUUUGUCAAUAUAUGAGCGAUGCCCAGAACUUUCUAUCGCAGACAGUGAUAGCUGGGCUUCCUGUCCGAGCUCUCUGGAGGCUGGUCACACAACACGACGUGUAAGGGUAUGAGCUUACACAAUUACCCCAUCUCCCCAUGUAGAGGGGUUGUGCUGGUACCUAUGAUAUGAAGCAGCAAUCA